UUAUUUUCUUCUCCUUUUUUCAACUAUCAAGCCGCUUCAUCCGAUUGUGAGAAUCCUCCAUUAGACAUAUCUAUCGUGAUCGAUCAAACAAAGAGCGUCGGAGCGGACAACUAUGACGCCAUGUUGGAUUCGGUCAUGGCACUCAUUUCGCAGUAUGAUGUCGGUAGAGACAAGACACACUUCUCCAUCGUAACUUAUGCAAAAGAUGCACAGGUUCGUGUCAGCUUUGACGACCUAAAAUAUCAAAGUAAAGCGGCCCUUCGUGCACUGAUUGAAGAAAUGAAGAAGAAGGACAAGUUGGGGAACCCGACUAGGACUGACAACGCCUUGAAAGUGGUCGGUGAGAAAGUGUUCGACGAAAAGAAUGGAGAUCGACCGGAAUCACCAAAUGUCAUGAUCAUCUUCACUGAUGGGGGAACGCAUAAGAGUUCUAAGCCUUACAGCACCGUGCUACCAACUCUUGAGGUGAGAGCAGCAACUUUUGACUGAUAUGUCGUUUAAUUCAGUUUUUGUCCGCUUUCAGUCUUCAAACUUAAAGGUGACUUUUAAGGGAUAGAAUCUGCUCUUUCCAGAGACAGGUACAUUUACAAGUUUAUUGCAAGCUUACAAAUGUGCUUACAGCUGGUCGAGGCAAGCAAUGGUUUGACGCAUAACAUAAUUUUUAACACAUUUCUGUCAAGAAUACAACAAUAAAAAUGAAAACUGCAUUGCAGUAACUGAAAAGUACCACAAAAUUAAUGUAAAUGGGUCUUAACAACUCAACAAUUAUGAAUUACUGUCGAUUAAAACAAAUAGGCGAGAAAAAUUCGUGUGACUAGCUAUACACCUUUGCAAGAAAAGAAAUGAAAUUACUGUAUUAACAAAAAUAAGAGGAAAAUAAGAAAUUACAUUAUUUAAACUAAAAGGAUCAAAGCCAAUUAUUACAGCAAUAUGAAUCAUAACACCAAUAUUACAAAAAAUUAUUUAUAUAAUUGCCCGAGUUUUCAAGACAAUUUCUUAAUAAGAUCAAGCAAAUCAGUUUAAUCAUUUGCCUCCAAGAGUUUUUGAAGAAAGACAUUGUGAAAGUUGUCUUGUUUGAAUUUCUUUUAAAAGAAAUAUGAUGCAUAUGUCAUCGGGUAGACUAUUCCCAGACUAACGCCGUUUCUUGAAAAGGAUUUAUUUCACUUGUCUAGUCCAGAAUACUCGAAGAAGAAUUAACCUCUUAACGAUAAACUUGGGUUAUGUCGGGGAAUAUUAGAACACAGCAUGAUGAAUAAGUAAGCUUUAGUAUCCUCCCUUUUGUUUUCUUGACUGAACAACGUAAAAUGGUCAAAUGAAAUAUUCUGUUCUAAUGGGGUGAUCCUAUGAAAUCUUACAAUGCAGAAAAAGGGAGUACAACGUGUGGCUGUUGGAAUUGGAAAAAACAUUAAGCAGUCAGAGCUGGAGACUAUCGCUGGAGACAAGGAUCGAGUCGUUAACGCUAAAAAUUUCGAUGACUUGAACAACCAGCUGGACGAUAUUCGGGAAGCUACUUGUAGUAAGUAGAAUUUUUUUUAACGAUAAUUUAAAACACCUGAUAGAGCACUAGUGGUUGAUAUCUCCAGAAGUUUCCAACUGAUAUUCUUAUUAUAAUUAUAUUCUGACUGUGUAACAAAGAGUUUCCAGAUGGAUCUAGGGGUUGAACAAGUCUUGCACCGUCACCAACUACUUCCUUAGGUGGCUUAAAAAUUCAAAGUAAUUAAUCAUAUUAGGUUUUGAAACAUCUUACGACGUGUUUUUACCAGCAGAAAAUUUGUCGUAAAAAUACCUAGUAAAAUCAACUAAUCUCCUCCAUUAUACUUCGUAAGUUGAUUAUUACAAAGGAGAACCUCCUAGAAAGAUAGUCUAACCUACGCCCAUUGCUGACUUAGACUUCAGUCGCCACUGACACAAAGUCGCAAUGAAGGUCUCUCUCCCAAACCUUUUUUACUAUCCUUGUCUUUAAACUAAUUCCAAACCAGCUCUACAAGCUUCUUCAAUCAGUCCGUCUCUCCCGUCGGCAACUAUCAACCUUACAGGAUGACCUCAUCUUCAUUUACAAAAAUAAUGUACUCCAGAACUUUCGUAAACUUACAAAAUACAGUUUCCAUCGAAUUAUAUCAUAACUGCAUCACCUAUAGUAUGUGCAAGAAGUUUUCAUUGGGUUGCAUGAAAAUGCUGCAGAAUCCACAUCUCGUGAAAAACUUUUCAGUAAAUUUUCAGGAACAUUUUCCGUUCAUAACAAACAGAAAUUUUCCCAAGUUUUAUCUGAGCUCGAAUGAAAAUAAAAAAAACGUAUUUGGUCGAACUGCUUUCUUUUUUCGACUUCUUUUCCUCUCAAACAUAAAGACCCUGGAUAAAUAGUUUGCAUGAGUAGAAGAUAGCAAAAGAUGCAAAAAUAAAUCAAAUAGGAGGUAAUUUAGUGUUAACAACUGAGUUGAAAAUGCAAAUUGACCACCGUAAAGAGUUUAAAGGCUGACGUUUCGAGCGUUAGCCCUUCGUCAAUCGCUCUGACGAAGGGCCAACGCUCGAAACGUCAGCCUUUAAACUCUUUCCGGUGGUCAAUUAGCGUUUUCAACUCAGUUGUUAACACUAAAUUACCUGCUAUACUCUCCCACCGACGCAGCACCACAGUUUCUUUAGAAACUUACCCCCUUUAUUCAUAAAUCAAAUAGGGACCAGAAUGUUCAAGAUUAGAGGAUAUCGAACAUUAUUGUCAGCUGUAUAAACCACUGGCUAUGCCAAGCUCGUUAAAUUCUGAGAAUUAUUGCUUUGAUAUCAUUUUUAGAUAUUGAUGGAGGAUACACCGAAUGGAGUGAGUGGAGCAAGUGUUCAGCAACUUGUGGCGGGGGGGUGCGUUAUCACUCCCGAACCUGCACCAACCCAUCACCGAAAAAUAAUGGAAAAACGUGUAUUGAACAGAAUCUGGGUCCGGCCAAGGAAUCUGAAAAGUGCAACACCAAGCCCUGCCGUAAGCGUGAUAUUGAGUACUUUAAUGACUAACUUUGUUAACUGUACACUUUCUAUACGUUACACAUCCGGUAUUUGUAAAAAGACAUAAAUGUGGGCUGGGAUUAUCUUGAAGGCUUCAUCCAACAACAAUCAUUCAAACUGAUUUUUUCCUUAGCUACACCUGGUGGUUAUACUAAGUGGACUUCGUGGGGGAAAUGCAGCGUCACGUGUGGCGGAGGAGUUCAGGUACGAACAAGGACCUGUACCAAUCCCCCUCCGGCUGGUGGUGGACCGACAUGUAUUGAGCAAAAACUUGGACUUGCGAAAGAAACAAAGAGAUGCAACACUCAGCCUUGUGGUAUGUGAUGGCCGGUGGAAAGAAGGGUAGAAUAAUUAACAAAUUAACAAUUUCUGUUUAUAAUCUCUUUUCCAUAACCCAUAAGCAAUGGAAAGGUAACUACUCAUUAAAGUCAUGAUUUUUCUUGAUAUGUUGUAGAAGGCUCAGGAAAGUGGGUUUUCCUUUCAAAGUGAAACCUUUACCACCUCUAUGAUGGUACAGUUUUUUCCAGUAUAGUAUUCUCGAUGCCAAAACGCUUUUUGUUACGAUGCAUGUUAUCACAAUCAUUGCCGUCAUUUUAGUUUGUGGUACUAUAUUGUAGACGCACAACUAUAUGAAAUGAGUAUGCUAUCAUUUGCAGGUACAGAUGGCAACUGGUCUCCCUGGGGUGCCCCUGGUCCUUGUGAUAAGACCUGUGGGGGAGGUACUCGAGUGAGACAAAGAACAUGCACCAACCCACCUCCAUCUGGGGACGGUAAAGAUUGUGCAGGAAGCAGUACAAAAAAAGAGCCCUGCAACACACAAGCAUGUAUGUUCCUGUUCAAAGGCAUUGAUACUUCGUCAUGUCGAAUUAUAGAUCGAAGUUAAAAAAUCGCAAGGGGAACGAAAAUUUGGAUAAAAGGCAAUAGCCAUAAGUCUGUUAGGCCUUAAAUAUGCCCACGGUUCGCGGAAAUAUAUCGCCUCCAGUCGCUUUCAAUCCAAAAUGGAAAAAAAGAACAUUUCCUUCAUAUUUUUUAUUUACUGUUCUACACUUUUUUUUUUUUUUACUAGAGAUGUAAGUCUUGGAGUUUAGGAAUAUUCCCUAGCAAGAUUUAUGUAAAGGGGUCAAUGAAAAUUUAAAAAGUGCAUUUUGUGAGGAAUGAAAUUCAGGGGAGAUUAAAACCGUACAAUUCUUGCACCACCUUUGGUUGUAUUGACCCCAGCUAGUUUUACUCCCACUCCCUCCCAAAGGCCUAACCUUGGAGAAGGAGAAGCGAGGAUAAGCCUUUUUGCCAUGUCAUCUUGUUGAGCUUACAAUUCAUCUUUUCUAAAGCCCCCUUCCAUUUAUUUUUUUUGGUUUAUGAUAAACUCUCAUAUCAACAUGACGAAAUGGCAAGGAAUUUACCUUUUUUAUCAUCAAGGCCCAACUAAAAAACCGGAACCACCUCCACCCAGACCUUGUAAGGAACAUCUCGACGUUGGUGUCAUUGUCGAUUCCUCCAACAGCAUCAGUGGUGGUGAUUAUAAUAUAGCACGUAAUUACUUAGUUCGGCUGGCUCAAAGACUAGAGGUUUCCGAAGCUGGAACACAUAUGGCGAUCCUUCUCUACAGCUGGGAAGCACAUCUCUGGCACAAGUUUGUACAUUCUUGCCACAUACAGAGCACGUCUGGGUUUGAAGCUGAGGCUGAACUUUCAUUUUUUGGAGGGGAAGGGAGGGUGGGUUUUUGUGGGAGGGGGCUCGAGCCUGUAAAUUUCAAUCGGGCACAGUUAAUAAUAACUAUAUUACUAUAAGAUAACUGAAUUGUUGAGGUUCGUAACGAUGAUGAUAAAAAUGGCAUUGUCUAUAGGUAUUUGAUUCAUUUUUUCUUUUAAACUACAUUUUUUAAUUUAAUUUGUUUUGCAACUAUUCUUAAAGCCAAUUAAAGGAAUUGAAUAAAUGACUUUCAGCCUACCUGAAAUAAUUUUCUAGGACAUAUAUUUUCUAAUAGUCACGGUUUUCAUAAGGCUUAAGUUUUACAAGAUUUUUAUAUGAAAAUGGCUGUUUAUCUGCGCUGAUUUCAGUUAGGAAUGUCGUUUAUUUUUUUAUUCUUCAUGGUUCGAAAUGUCUUUCUGUGGUAGCGUCCAUUUGAUGAGCUGUUUAACAUGCAGUUUCAACUUUCUUAUUUAUAGACAGCGUUAAUCUUGUCCUUCACUAGCUAGACUUGUUUCUUCUCUCCUGCACCAAUCACUUGAACAAGAACUGUUCCACCUCGCAUUCCUUAACGAAAUGAGCUCAGCUCCUUCAGACGAUCGCCCCUGAACAUUCCUACAGCAAAACGUCUCUAAUACUAUAACACUUUCCUCCAAAGACUCGCACAACUUUCUUCCUUCAGCUCAUUUCCGUCAUCAAUGCUUUUCAGAUUUACCGAUCCGCAAAAUAUUAAUGCACUAACAGCCAAAGCCAGAAGCUUGCCGCAUAUUCAAGGUGGAACAAGAACAGACAGAGCCCUAGAACUAGCUGCGGAAGAGUUUUUUGGUUGGGACAAUAGUGGAGACAGACCCGAUAAACCAAAUGUGCUACUUGUGCUGACUGAUGGUGACACAAACGAAGGGAGUAAGCCAUUCAGUCAAGUUAUUCCUCCUUUGAAUGUGAGUUAUCUUUCAAAUAGCAGAUCGAAACACUUAGAUAGACUCGAGAAACUGACCAUGUAAGCUCUUAAAAUCACUCAAUCUCUAACUAAAAACUCUUUUUAGGAAAAGAUGUGAGGGUAUGGGUGAUUUGGCCAGAUCUCAAUUUCAAAAAUGAGUCCUCGGAUUUCAAACAUCCCUAAAACUUACCUCUCUAUUUUUGCAGGAUGCGAACGUAAGGAGAAUUGCUGUUGGAAUUGGAAGUGGAAUAGAUAUCUCGGAGCUUAGACAAAUUGCUAGCUCCAAUAAUGAUGUACUUCAGGUUUAUGGCUACUCACAGUUAAUCCCUAAACUAGAGUCCAUCAUGAACUUGGCUUGUGGGAAUCAGUAUCCAGGUUGGUUGACUAGAACUAAUGGAAAAACCUAAUGUAAAAUCAAGAAAUUAUGUAACAUCGUCAACAACCGUAAAUAAUUUAGUCUAACGUAGUCGGCUGAAUACCUAUUUCACCUUCCUAAAAAAAUAUUAAUUUUGCUCAGCAAAAACUACAAUUAUCAUCAACCUCUUUUGUAAUAUCGAUUGGAAUUAAAUUAUGUUCAAUUUCUUAGAUAUAGACUCAGCAAAUGUUUUUUUUACGCUACAAUUUUGGUUAUUUGGAAAGUUAUUACAUUUCGUUGCAUCUCCCAAAAAAUCAGUAUUAACAAAGUUUAUUUGUGUUUAUGACACCUGUUUUACUUUGGUUUUACCUCAAUAGGUAAUUGUGGCAAUUGGGGCUCCUUCGGAGGCUGUAGUAAGAACUGUGGUGGCGGAAUUCAAGUUCGCUCGAGAAGUUGUCCGGGAAACAGUCUUCAUUUGAGGAAACAAAAGAAGCAUUGUGCCGUCAAUCUUUGUCCAGGACAAAGUAGGUAUUUUAAGUGGUAUCAAAUUCUCUUUUCAAAGAUUGAAAAGGACUCUCCUUAUAAAAAUAAUCAUCACUUAUUACAAUGAGAGAUUUCUGAUAUACAGUGACAGUGAUGUUAGCAGUCGUUGAAGUAGUCGUAAUAGUAGUAGUAAUAGUUGUAGUAAUAGUAGUUUAUGCGAAUGAAAGUCAUCCUCGCAGAAAUGUGCACUACUUGAACAAUAUUGAAAAUAAGGCCUGAAAAAAAUUCAGCCCUGAAUUUUUUCAGGCCUUAUUUUCACUACUGCUCAAGUAGUGCAUAUUACUGCGAGGAUCACUUUCAUUCACGUAUUUAUCCGCAGUUCAAAUAUAUGACUUUCAUAUAUUCUUAGCCGUUUAAUAGUAGUUUAUAUAGCUAAGAUAUAUCGAAAAAUCAACUCUCAAAAAGAUAACUUCAAACCUUCUUGUUUUGACAUUUGGUCCAAAGCUGGAUCUAUUUCUAUGGCGCGUAGAUGCUUCUUUGUAAAAAAUAGAAACAAAUAUUUAAUGGAUGUUAUCCAUGUUUGAAUUUAUGUAAAAAAGCAGAAAUAAGACAGUUUACUAAUUUUUUGGAAAAAUUCAUCGUGACAAUACUCACAGCUAAAACGUUCCAGGUACUCUGCAUUGUUAACACAGUGCUUUAAUAUAGCUUUCGCCGGUGCGGCACGCCAGUUUUGAGAUAUUCAAACUGAUAGAUAUCCUUCCAUGCGGUUUAGUUCAUAAUACACUAUAUAGUUAUAUGAAAAGUUCCGAAAAAAACUUUUAUUAAUCAUCUGAAGUCCGUAAAUUCUGCCGGAGUAUCAACUUUGGCCAGCAGAUUGAUGCUAGGCCACUUCAAACGACUUGGCUGUUUCGUUGUGAUAGUAGUAAUAGCAGUAAGUGUAGUUUCAGUGACGAUCUAGUUUUUUAAUUGAUCAUUCUUUAGAGCCUUGUGAAGACCAUGCAGGAAAUUGUGCAGUCAGAGCUGCUGCAGGAGACUGCUGGAGGACCGCUAAUGUACCUUCCAGUCAACGCUUGCUCUACGUUGGCAGGACGUUUCCUUUGUGGAACACUUGUCCAAAGAGCUGCAGACGAUGCAAUGGUAUGAGUAAAAAGGCAAAAAAUUGCCAUAUUUAGCUUUCUCCCCUUUUUUUAGUCUUAUUAUUUUCAUUCUUUAAAUUUUUCCUUUUUCUUUAUCUUAUUUUAAUUCACUAAUUUCCUUCCAACCCUUGAUAUUCUACAUGCAUGUUACUUACCAUCCCCUCCCUCCUCCUCUUUUUCUUCUUCGUCCCCUUACUAUUCCACAUGUUUCAUUCUUUAACUUCUGUACGUCUUUUUCUUCUCUUUAGUUGAUACCUCAUGCCAAGAUAGUGAUCCCUAUGUUUGUCCUUGGUGGUCAGUAGCUCACCGCAAUUCGAUGAAAUGCGGUUAUUCAUGGACACAAGGCGGGUUUCAAAGGUACAGUCUUGGAGGUAAGCAAUGAAAUACAAUAAAAGCUACUUGAAGAUGCACAUUUGGAAAGCGGAGGAAUGUUGCGACUUCUUGUCCCUUGAUUCCACGGAACGAAGGCUAGUUAAAAUCAAACAAUUUUCCAGAGCUGGGAGUGACAUGAAGUGACAGGUUAUAAUUACAGGAGCUACUAAUUAAAGAAGCCCCUGAGCAUUUGAACUCGAACAAUUGUUCUUGAAUAAGAACACAUAGGGAUCCUUUAUGUAGUCACGACCGUAACUGGCUAUGUUUGCUCAUCGGCUAAGAGUUCAUCAACGGUUUGACAUAAGUUGGGACAACUGCAAGACCUUUUUAGGAGUUAAGAAUGUUAGCAUUGUCACCGGAAUAAUGGCCGAGGACGAAGGUUUUUAUCAUUUGUCGUCUGCUACUUUAGACACAAGGUUACCAGUCAUGCGAAUUGUUACGGCAUUUGGCGGUAGAAAUGAUUCUGGACUUACAGAAAAGAUUACACUGCUGCAUAGGUUUAAAUCGGAGUCGGAACAAAGCGGCAGCUCUAAUACAAAACGAAUGGACAAGAGUGUUUUUUAUUAUUUUUAUUUUGUCCCUUUUAUUUUUUUAUCGUGAGGAUUAACAGGUUAAUUUGAUCGACACUAGCUUUGUCAGGCUAGCAUUUGGAUUUGAUAUUGUGUUGAAUUGCGAAUGCAAUGACUAGUCCGACUGGUCUUUCUUCUUCCUUCAGACAUGUGCAAGAAAAGCUGUGGCAAAUGUAAUGGAGGCGGCGGCGGCGGCGGCGGAGGAGGAGGAGGAGGAGGUAGGAAUUCAUAAUAUUAUUCUAUUGGAAGCAGCAACUCGCCUGCUUCCAAUUAUUUCAUCACAAGUACACUUGUAUUCUUCUUAUUUAUAUGAAGCUGUGCGUAUGAAAACAACGAUUGAAAAGAACUCAGAUGUAAAAAUCACUGCAUUCCUUUAUCAUAACUUUGUUAUGUAGUAAAAUGCAAUGAAAAUAAAACGAAUUUAUCCUACAAUCAAGCCUUACUCCAAGUGGUAAAACACUGGAGCCUCUGUGGCUACUCCACAUCAACCACACAAUGGGCAGCAAAGUGGACUCGAUCAAUGCCUUUAUAUUUUCAGCGUUUAUGUUCUAGUAACUACAAUUUCCUUUGCUUGUUUACCUGCCUCUUUUUGUUUUUUUAUUUUAUUCUGCAUCUUGUAGUGUGCCAGGAUCGACUGGGCAUAGUAUGCCUAAGGAAAGUCCGGUUUCCAGGUUGCGGUAACUCUUUUGUGAAAGGUCAGUAACGAUGAGUUCUGGCUGAGUUCUCCUCCUCACUAACAGAUGCAUCUAUUGCAGCUUCAAAUAAGCUGCCCAACGUUCACCCCUUAAGGCAAAAGUCGUAAUAUCAAAUAUUGCUGUCGGUCAAAUUUUAAGCUUAAAUUAAGACAGUCCCCGUGUGGUAUUAUCGGUCACCAUACAAGUGAAGGGGAAACAUAGGCCGCGAAAAGACACCUUCUUGGGCCAUAUGUUACAACAACAAGUUUAUUUUGGUUUUUAAGACCACGAAAUUAACACAAGGUGCUGUUAGUUCGCUGAUCCAGAACUGGAAAUCACUCUUGAUUUUGAUUUUUCCCGUAAAAAAAGUUUGGUUGGGUUUUAUUGUAUCACAUUGCGAUUCUGAAAUAGUCUGAAAUAAGAGGCCAGUGUGCAUAAAAAAAAUCACACGAACCCCAAGUUAUCGUAAGGUUAUGCCACAUAAAAUUUCAGAUUAUGAGGGUGUUUGAGGUUUCAUAGAGUAACCUACCUGUCCUAAUAUGCUCAAGUCCACAAACAGAUAAAACUACGCGAGGUUCUUGAACAGUUCUGGUUAUUGGGAGUCAAGAAUUCCUCAUUUGGAAAGCCCACUAGGAGAGAUGAGAAAAAUUAGAACCAAUAUUGAUACGUCAUAAGUAAGCGGCCAAUCUCUUAGGCAAUUUUUAAUUUUAUCAAAUCUUCCGUACACUUAAAAACUUUUUCCGUUUGAUCUAGUUACACUUUGGUGUUUUAAAAUUCCAAAGAUGUCUUGAUAUCUAAUUUACUUUUUCACCGCUGAAAUCAAAUUUUUUUUAUUUUUAGAGCAUAGUUUUCCUUUAAUCGCGUGUCGAGUGUCACAGUUCUUUUAACUCCUUGAACCAAGCGAUUUCAUGUGGUUAAAUAUGCCCUGGAAUCUGUUUUGUUGGGAGGAAACCUUUAGAUCACUUACUAUAUCUGUAAUAUUAAUACCAGUCCCAUAACAUUCACUUGACUGGUCUCUCUUCUUCCUUCAGGAAUGUGCCAAAAAAGCUGUGGACUUUGCAGCGGAGGUAAAUAUUGGUCUCAUACCAUUACGACUCCCUCGUGAUAUAAGAAACAAAAAGCCCCUUUUAAUUUGUGGCUGUCACAGCAAAUAAAACCAAGGGGACAUUUCCGAAAUGACAAACUUUUGUCGAAAUUCAUUCCUUCUUCUCCCUUCGAUAAAUAAAUCUGGUUUGUGGAACUGUAAAACUUUCCCGGAGUAUUAAAUUAUCGAGAGAUCCUUUUUUGCCCCAGUGUUACUUAUGACUGAAAUCAAAGCAACUCUUUGUCAAAUCGACAAAUUGGUGGGACAGUGUCAGAGAGAGAUGGACAUCAUGUUCCAUCUAACGGUUUGUAAUCGCAAAAUCCACAAAGAACAUUUCCUGUAAACUGUAAUCCUAAAAUUUCACCAUUGCUUUGCAGCCCUUUCUCUUCUGUGUACAAGAGCAUGUGAUUAAUUCUUUUAAAUCCCGCGUUCGACCUUUAUAAAAGCAAAGUUGGUUUUAUGAAAAAAAAUAUUAAGCUAACCAAAAUAUGAUUAUCAUCGGGCGGUAUGCCAAUUGCUUUCGCGACAUUUAUUUACGGUAGCGAAAAAAUUACAGAUGUGUAAAAGUAGCAGUCAUCCAUCGAACAUACAAGAAAAUGGCUAAUUCAGGAAGUAUUCAUUAUCAUUUUGGGCAUUACUACUUUUUUAAUUCAGUUUAAUCUACUACUCUUUUAUCUUAGGCGGUGGCGGUGGUGGCGGCGGUCAUGGUGGCGGUGGCGGCUAUGGAGGCGGCGGUCAUGGUGGCGGUGGUCACGGCGGCGGGCAUGGAGGCGGCGGUUUUGGCUUCGGAGGUGGUCGUCCUGGCGGAUUCGGAGGCGGUCGUCCUGGCGGAUACGGUGGCGGCCGCCGUCCUGGUGGAUUCGGCUUUGGACGUUGAUGAAAAAACUGACCGUGGACUACAGUGA